AUGGCUGUACCGUUCAAAGUCAUCAUCGCUGGUGGAGGACUUGCCGGCUGUCUCCUCGCCAAUGGACUGGUCAACAAUCGUGUCGAUGUGUCGGUCUACGAGCGGGACGCGGAAGACACAAAACGAGAAGGAUUCCAAAUUCGGCUCGGCGAGAGCGCGCUGGCAGGGUUCCGAGCGUGUCUGAAGCCAUCCGAAAUUGCAACAAUUCAGUCGAAGUUCAGCCAAAUGUCAUCGACAGGACUCACCGCACCAGCGAUAUGUAACACGAAGUUCCAGACCGUGCUUGAUCUCGGGCAGCUGCCUUCGUACGCGGCAUCGUGGGGCAUCAAUCGGGUGGUCCUCCGCGAUAUUCUAGUCAACCCACUGAAAGCAAAGGGGUGUCUUCACUUCGGGAAAGCCUUUGAGGGAUACGAAAUUAUUAAAGAUGUAGCCGGGCAAGAAACCGUCCUAGUUCACCUCGCGGAUGGAUCCACGGAUACAUGCGAUUUGUUGAUCGGGGCAGACGGCAGCAAUUCGAGAAUUAACAAACAGGUCGGAGCUCGCAAUCUGGUCCCGGUUGACAGCCACAUAAUGAUUCUCAGCAAAGGACCGUUACCACAGGAAUGGACUGAGAAGCUGCCACCACGUUCGCUAAAAAGUCCAGUCAUUGUAUGGGCAGGCGGCAUUUCUAUGUACUACGCACUGUUCUUGCCAAAGGCUGCGCAGCCAGCCGAUGAUUCAGAGAGCGGACCAAAAUAUAACGUGAAAGAGGCUUCCUUUUACUGGGGCUUCUGA